AUAUAUGUUUGUUGUUAUACACGUCACUUGUUCAACUAAUAUUAUUUUACCAUGCAGUCGUACAAAGCAUAGUAAUGUGAGUAAUGAUUUAAGUUCAAUUUUGGCGGUUUAGGUUGUGGAUAUUCAUAUUUUUGACGUGUACAUGUGUUUUAAGUGUAAGGUUAAUAAUCUACAUUUUAUAUAUAGUAGUAUGAUAGGAACUGGAAAUAUGGAAUGAUGUGAACUUUGACAUGAUUGAAAGGCAGGCUGACUGCUCAGUUGUAAUUUUAGGAUUAUGUGGUGUAAUUGAACUGUUGAGAGUAAAAUUCAUGAACACAACUCAGAAGUGAUUUACUUGCUUCAAACAAUUGUUUGAUUAAAAUGGUGUCUAAUGUUAUCGUAGUAGUUUUAGGAGAUAUUGGGCGCAGUCCUAGGAUGCAAUAUCAUGCUUCUUCCCUUCUCAAAGAAAGAUUCAGUGUGAAAUUGAUUGGCUACGGGGGUUCAAAACCCAUAGAAUAUCUUAAUUCACAUCCCAGCUGUGAAAUCAAGACAUUGACUCAGCCACCACAAUUUAAUCAAUAUUUGCCUGUGUUAGCUGCAUACAUUUUGAAAGUACUAUGGCAAGUACUAACACUGAUUUGGAUUCUUCUGAGGAGUCAACGUCCCCAACAUCUUAUUGUUCAAACACCACCAGCAAUUCCAGCUCUGGCCGUAUGUUGGUUUUACUGUCGCCUUGUAGGGGCAAAGUUUGUCAUCGACUGGCACAACUAUGCAUUCUCUAUCAUGGCUUUGACUCAUGGCCAAGGACAUAAACUAGUUAGAAUUUCCGAGAAAUUUGAAGGUUUCUUUGGAAGAAGAUCAGAUAGUAAUCUUUGCGUUACUAGGGCAAUGAAGGAUGAUUUAAAGAAAAGAUGGGAUAUCAAAGCAGUGACCCUAUAUGACCGGCCACCUGAACAUUUCGGCUCACUGACUCCCGAGGAGAGGCGUACACUGAUGGUAAAAUACCCGGAGUUGUCAUCGCAGCUGGAUGAAACUAAGCGGCCUGCUCUGCUCGUCUCUAGUACCAGUUGGACCGAAGAUGAGGACUUCUCCAUAUUGUUGUCAGCUCUGCAAGAUUAUGAUCGUUCUGAGGAACCGGGGCUGCCAAGAUUGUUGUGUGUGAUCACUGGCAAGGGACCACUGAGAGACCUGUACAUGCAGCAAGUGAAAGGACAAGAGUGGUCCAAAGUAACCGUGAUCUCAUUGUGGCUUGAGGCCGAGGACUAUCCUCGAUUGUUGGCCUCGGCAGACCUCGGAGUCAGCCUCCACACGUCAUCCAGUGGCCUCGACCUGCCCAUGAAAGUUGUGGAUAUGAUGGGCUGUGGUCUACCUGUUACUGCUUAUAACUUCUCUUGUUUACACGAACUGGUUCGACACAAGGAGAAUGGGCUGGUGUUCAACGACAGUAUGGAAUUGGCUCAACAGCUCCAAGACUGGUUCCGUGAGUUCCCGUCCAACAAAUCCAGAGACCAGCUCAGUCCAGCCAUCCAGCAGCUACAGUCCCUCAGGUGGCACGAUAACUGGAAGAUACAAGCUCUACCGCUGUUCUCACACCAAUAGACUGCUUUAUAAAAGACAAUUGCAUUUAUGUAAUGAGGGGACCAAUGCCACAAACCUCAAAAUAAUGAAUGUGGUAAAACUUGUUAAUUUUAUAUUUGUUCUUCAAAAGUCAAAUAUACUCUAUUAUAAUUUUA